AUACAGAAGGUAAAACGCUGUCCGAGACAGCGAUUUACCCUGGAAGCUUAGUUUGGUAAAUAGUUUUGCCACGCUACCAUUUUUGUCAAUAGUUUCCGUUUAAAGCUCAAUUUGGUAAAACGUCCCAAAGCCGCAUUAUGAAUAUGCUAGUAUGCUACAGUAUCUUGAAAAUUACAAAAUUGCCCUAUACGACCUCUUUCCUCGUGUCCUUCUACAUAACUGCCGAUUAUUUGAAAAUAUAAUACUCAGUUGAUAUUAUUGAAUUUCUUCAGCAUUCGAAUUUCUGAAAGAUUGCAGUUUAUUUUGUGCUGUUGAAUGUUGCAGAGGCUAGUUCUUCCAUCUCUUUCCUCAACUUCCAGAACCUUCUUCUUCUUCCUUCCUUAUUCUCCUCGUUUUCUCUCUCCUCUAAACAAUCAUCAUCUUCUUCAUCUUUCUGCCUGUAAUUCAACUAUGCCGCGGAAAAAGGGAAGAGGUGUAAAUCAUAAUAAGGAGGAAAAGUGGAAAGUAAAGUCAGCUCCUGGUGGAUCAUCAUCAUCAACCUUAGAGACAGAAGCUGUUAUUGAUGACUUCAGUGGGCUUAACAUACCAGAACAAAGUGGGAAGACAAAUGCUCCUAUAAGUCCUAUUGCAUCGGUCCGACAUCAGAGUGCAAUGCCUGGACAGAAGGUGCUUUGGAAACCCAAAUCUUAUGGAACUUUGAGUGGUGUUACAACUGCCCCUGAAAAUGAAUUUGCAAAUGAAUUCAAGGCAAAGGAAGUAGAAUCAGCUUUAAGUGAGAAGAAUAACACUUCUAUGAACACAUUGUUCAGUGGGAAACUAUUGGAGAAUUUUACUGUUGACAGCUCCACUUGUUCACAUGCCCAAAUUAGAGCUACCUUCUAUCCGAAAUUUGAAAAUGAGAAGUCUGAUCAGGAGAUUAGAACUAGGAUGAUUGAAAUGGUUUCCAAUGGCCUUGCCACCAUGGAAGUAUCCCUUAAACACUCCGGGUCCCUUUUUAUGUACGCUGGGCAUGAAGGUGGAGCAUAUGCAAAGAAUAGCUUUGGAAAUAUAUACACUGCAGUUGGUGUUUUUGUUCUAGGUAGGAUGUUUCGUGAGGCCUGGGGCAGUCAAGCAAGUAAAAAGCAAGCAGAAUUUAAUGAUUUUCUUGAGAGGAAUCACAUGUGCAUAUCAAUGGAAUUGGUAACAGCGGUCUUGGGUGAUCAUGGUCAGCGUCCUCGAGAAGAUUAUGUUGUUGUGACAGCUGUUACAGAAUUGGGACUUGGUAAACCCAAAUUUUAUUCUACCCCUGAAAUAAUUGCUUUUUGUCGGAAAUGGCGGCUUCCAACAAACCAUGUUUGGCUGCUCUCUACAAGGAAGUCAGUGACGUCGUUUUUUGCAGCAUUUGAUGCUUUAUGUGAAGAAGGAACCGCAACAUCUGUGUGCAAGGCCUUGGACGAAGUAGCAGAUAUCUCUAUACCAGGAACAAAGGAUCAUACAGAGGUGCAAGGUGAAAUUCUUGAAGGCCUAGUUGCUCGUAUUGUUAGCCCGGAUAGCUCAAAACAUUUGCAUGAGGUUUUGAGUGACUGUUCUCCUCCACCAGUAGAAGGGGCUAAGCUGGAUUUAGGACCAACAUUAAGGGAAAUUUGUGCUAAGAAUAGAUCUGAUGAGAAGCAGCAAAUCAGAGCUCUUCUGGAUGAAGUAGGUUCCUCCUUUUGCCCCAGUUUUGUUGAUUGGCUGGGAAAAGAGGAAGGUGGUGAUCAUUCCAGGAAUGCUGAUAGAUCUGUUCUCACAAAGUUUUUGCAAGCUCAUCCAGCAGAUUAUUCAACUAGAAAGCUGCAGGAAAUGAUCCGUCUUAUGAGAGAAAAAAGAUUCCCUGCAGCCUUCAAAUGUUACUAUAACUUUCACAAAGCUGAUACCAUAUCAAGUGACAAUAUACAUUUCAAGAUGGUCAUUCAUGUUUACAGUGAUUCUGUGUUUAAGCGAUACCAGAAAGAAAUGAGGCGCAAUCCUGGCUUAUGGCCAUUAUAUAGAGGUUUUUUUGUUGACAUACACUUAUUUAAAGGAAGCAAGCAUAGAGCUUCUGACAAUGGGGAAGAAAUGAGUGACGACAACAAUGUGAAUAUUAGUAGUGAUGCAUCUGAAGCAGAUUCACUAGCUGACGAGGAUGCUAACUUAAUGGUUAAAUUGAAAUUUCUCACAUACAAGUUGCGAACUUUCUUGAUCCGAAAUGGUUUAUCAAUCCUUUUCAAAGAUGGUUCUGCUGCUUACAAGGCAUAUUAUUUGAGACAAAUGAAAAUCUGGGGCACCUCUGCAGCAAAGCAAAAGGAAUUAAGCAAGAUGCUGGAUGAAUGGGCUGUCUAUAUAAGGCGGAAGUGUGGUCACAAGCAGCUGAAGUCUAAUGUUUACCUCAGUGAGGCUGAAUCUUUUCUUGAACAAUAUGCGAAAAGGAGCCCUGCAAAUCAAACGCUCAUAGGUGCGGCUGGAAAUUUGGUGAGAUCUGAAGAUUUCUUGGCCAUUGCUGGUGACAUGGAUGACGAGGGUGACCUUGAAAGAGAACGUGAGAUAGAACCUAUAUCACCAUCUCCUACUAAAGAAGCUGUAAGAAAAGAAGGCCUUAUAGUGUUCUUUCCAGGAAUACCAGGCUGUGCUAAGUCUGCACUUUGCAGGGAGCUGCUGAAAGAUCCAAGCGCUUUUGGAGAGGGUCGUCAUGUCCAAAGUUUGAUGGGUGAUCUUACGAAAGGACGAUACUGGCAGAAAGUUGCUGAAGAGUGCAAAAGGAAGUCUGAUUGCAUUAUGCUUGCAGACAAAAAUGCACCAAAUGAGGAAGUAUGGAAGCAGAUUGAGGAAAUGUGCCGAAAAAGCAGGGCAUCUGCCAUUCCAGUUGUACCUGAUUCUGAAGGCACUGAUUCAUAUCCUUUUUGUUUGGAUGCAUUAUCUGUUUUUAUGCUACGCGUGCUUCAACGAGUAAAUCAUCCGGGAAACCUUGACAAGGCAUCUCCAAAUGUGGGUUAUGUAUUGCUUAUGUUUUACCACCUAUAUGAGGGCAAGAGCCGUAAAGAGUUUGAAGCUGAAUUAAUUGAACGCUUUGGUUCAGUUGUGAAGAUGCCUUUGCUCAAAGCUGAAAGGGCUUCUCUACCUGAUCCUGUGAAAUCCGUGCUGGAGGAAGGGAUCAACCUAUACAAGCUACAUACAAAGCGGCAUGGAAGAAUGGACUCGAGUAAAGGCUCCUAUGCAAAAGAUUGGGCAAAUUGGGAAAGGCAUAUGCGAGAGACUUUAUUGUGCAAUUCUGAAUACCUUAACUCUAUUCAGGUUCCAUUCGAGAGUGCUGUGAACAGUGUGUUGGAGCAAUUAAAAGCAAUUGCAAAAGGUGAUUAUAUAACUCCUAGUUCUGAAAAGAGACGGCUUGGAGCAAUUGUCUAUGCUGGUGUCAGUUUGCCUGUUACUGAAAUACGUCAUCUUCUCAGUUAUAUUGCUGAUUACAACUCCAAGGUUGAACCUUUUUUUAGUGACAAGAAUUUGGAAGACACGCUCAGGAAAGCUCAUGUCACCCUUGCUCAUAAGAGAAGUCAUGGUGUCAUAGCAGUGGCUAACUUUGGUCAAUUUCUUAAUCAAAAAGUAGAUGUCGAGUUGACUGCUUUACUGAUAUCUGAUAAUAUGGCUGCCUUGGAGGCACGCAUUGGCUCAGUGGAUGGUGAAAAGAUUGAAUCCAAGAACGAAUGGCCUCAUGUUACCUUGUGGACAGCAUCAGGAAUUGCAGCCAAAGAAGCAAGUACUUUACCUCAGUUGGUGGCACAGGGGAAGGCAUCUCGUAUUGAAAUUGAUCCCCCUGUUGUUAUAGUAGGCGAAGUGGAUUUUUUUUAGUGUAGUUCUUUCUGAUGCCCCUUGAGCCUUUGUAAUUGAUUUGUGCAUUUGCGGCUAAUAGAUGUAGUAUUGUUAGAUUUUCGCAGUACUCUUAGUUAAAUAAUGGAAAAUUAUUAUUGAAGAAUAUCUGUUCUUGCUUCCAUAUGUCCAUGUUCUAAUUGAUACUGAAGUUCGUAAAUUCUGGUGACUUUCUUGUA